AUGGAGCAACCUCCAAGAUAUAUUGCUCAUAAGAAGUUAUCUAGGUGUGUCUCUUGCACUGUAUCUUUUAUGGGCUUAAGUAAAAUAUGUGUACUUUAAAUUGUCAAGUUUAGUGAUUUACUCAUCACCUUCAACUCCACCUGUUAUUAUGUGGACCCUAUCGUGCUCACGAGGAAGAUAGAGCACAGCCUUAUUGUCCUUACAAUCUAUGUCAAUGACAUUUUUAUUAUUGAAAAUGAUGAGGUCAGCAUCUUUACUACCAAGGCCUAUUUGCAGCAGCACCUUAGUAUUCGUGACUUGGGGACUUCACAAUAUUUUCUUGAGAUUGAGUUUGCACAUCAAGAUAGAAAGUUUGUUAUCACUCAGCGGAAAUAUACCUUCAACAUUCUUCAAGGGAUAGGCCUCCUUAGGUGCAAGUUGGAGACUUCACCUAUGAAAGCUCACCUGCAGUUCUGGUACACUUCUUCUCUCCUAUUCGAGGAUGUUAACCAAUAUCGAUGUUGUUGA